UGACCAUCCAACGGCGCCAUGGUCUCGUCUGAACCAACCAUCAAGCGCUCCUCUUCGUCGCCUCAAGUAGGGCUGGAUGCCCCUGACGCCAAGCGCAUCAAGCGUCCCUACCACCAUCACCAUCGCCUCCAAACCCCCGUCAACCCGGCUCUGCCUGAGCCCGCUAUCGUCGACGAAGCUUGCGUCGACCAGGUCCUGAACCGGUCGAUCGGACAAUACCUACGAACAUGCGGGUUCGAACUCGCUGACCCCGCUGCGCUGGACGCUUUCCGCAGGGUAACCGAAGAAUAUCUUUUGAGCGUCGCAUCGUAUGUGCGGCAGUCCAUGCUCUCGAGCCGACGCACCCAGCCUAUACCCCAUGACUUCGACGACGCCCUCAAACGGCACUCCGUCUCGCUGACCGACCUCCUCCCCCACAUCCCGCGCCAUCCCAAGCUCGAGCCCACCCCUACCCUUCAACCCAGCCCUCCCCCGGAAGAGGAUUCCUUCAAGACCCUCCCAUCCCUUGGACCGCAACUCAGCGGCGAGAACGACCGCGUCCGCAGCUCCCACAUCCCGAAACAUUUCCCCGCAUUUCCGAGCAAACACACCUACCGCCACACGCCCGUCUUCACCGAACGAGAGCAGGACGCUCGCAGGAUCCGCGAGCGCGCCACCGAGGACGGUCGCCACGGCGAGGAGGCCCUGCGCAAAUUGGCGCGCGCCGCCUUCAAAGAUAACCAAUUCGGGUCCUCGGCGCGCGAGAAGAAGCCCUGGGGCCGCCGCGCCGAGACCAUGGAUAGUAUGUUCGAGAAGACCUUCAAAGGAUUGGCGAAGCGCAUGCAGCGGACAGCCACGGCGGCGGGUUCGGCUGCCCCCAUGGAAAUCGACUCCGGUGCCGGCCUGGACACCGAGGUCAAGCCCACGCGCUCGAAACUCGCCCUGAGCAUCGAGCUGCCGCCCAUCAUCAACUGCGAGCGCGAAUUCUGGCGACGGGUGCCGUCGUCUGGGACGCGCAGGACGGAUGAUAAGCAGCCUGCGACGAAGGAGUCCCACAAUAUAUCGUCCAGAGUGGAUAGCUGGGUGAGCACAUGAUUGUCGAGGGUAUGUGUGUGUUUGCAAGGCAGCUCGGGGCUGGAAACCGGAAUGGCGUCUCGGGCGUUCAAGAUUAGUUUUUUUUUCUUUCAUCAUCGCAUGACCGUUGAAGAUACCCAAAGGAGUAGCAAGUUCAAAAUCAAUGCAAAU